CACGAAAACCCAAACAACCUUUCAGAAAAUAGUUGCCAAAGAAACACAGUAGUCCACGUAGACUCCAUAGUUUAAAUCUAUCUAUAGAGGCUAAGCAUCGUUCUCACCGUAGGAUAUCACUGUCGCUUCACCUCGAUGGUUCCAACUUCCACGUGUUCUUUGUCUCUUAGAAAACCGCUCUCUGUGGCUCUGUUAAACUUUAACCAGUGGCCUCAGUUUCUUUUCGCGAAUUGAAAUGGCGAUAAGGACUAAAUUGUAAUCUUUUAUGCACUUACGGGAACCUUCCUUCCUCUUUGUUUUCUUCUUUUUUUCUUUUUUCUUUCUAAUUUUGAUUUUGAUGUAUCCCUCUAUAAAUCUCGCAUCUUUAUGAAGGAACUACAUUCUGUUCCUUGCACUCUUCACCAGCUUUUGAGAAAGAGGGGAAGUGGGUUAUUUAGGUGUCAUCUGUCGAAUUAAGCUCAGUUUGUUUUACCAUGAUAUCAGUUAAUACUGCCAGUUUUAGAUAUGCAAAGACACAGCUGGGAUAACAAGAAUAAUGAACGUAUCAAUCUAUAAUGAUUCAGUUAGCUGUCUUCUCAGAUUGUUGUGUGCAAAUUAUCUAAUACAAGAAUAGGCUUUUUUGGAAAUCAGCUCCAAGCUGUUUUUUUCUUACCAGGUGAUUAUGGAGCAAUGAUUCUUGGGGUAACUGUGCUGUGCCUUAUAUCACCUCAUUAUCUUUCUACUUUAAAGCAUGGCCCCUCGACCUCUUCACUUAACCUCCAAAAGAGCACCUUGGAAGCUUUUCUUUCUGAUACUUCUGGUACUAGUGCCAAUUUGCGUGAUUGGAAUCUUCGUACAUAUCCAGAAAAUCUCCUACUUUUUCCGUCCACUUUGGGACAAUCCCCCUCCUCCUUUCAAGCGCUUACCUCACUAUUAUGCAGAAAAUGUUUCAAUGGAACAUCUUUGUGACCUGCAUGGUUGGUCUCUACGAAGUGAACCUCGCCGUAUCUUCGAUGGUAUCAUCUUCAACAAUGAGCUGGACAUUCUUGAUAUUAGAUGGCAUGAGCUUCAUCCCUACGUAACUAAAUUUGUAAUCCUCGAGUCCAACACCACUUUCACAGGAAUUCCCAAACCCCUGUUCUUUGCCUCAAACCGAAACCGGUUCUCCUUUGCUGAGGACAAGAUUGUCCAUGGUGUAUUUGCUGGCCGUACUGCUAUCCACGGGCUAAGUGAAGACCCUUUUGUGCUAGAGUCAGAGCAGCGGGCAGCUAUGAAUAGUUUGAUUAUACGUUCAGGAAUUUCACAUGGAGACUUGCUUAUUAUGUCAGACACUGAUGAGAUUCCUAGCCCACACACUCUGAAACUACUACAAUGGUGUGAUGCAAUACCUCCAGUCUUGCAUCUAGAGCUCAGGCACUACAUGUACUCAUUUGAGUUUCCUGUAGAUUACAGUAGCUGGCGUGCAUCAGUCAAUGUUUAUGGCCCUUGGACAAGAUACCAGCAUUCACGCCAGACUGACCUUAUCUUUUCUGAUGCCGGAUGGCAUUGUAGCUUUUGCUUUCGACGACUUAAGGAAAUUGUGUUUAAGAUGACUGCUUACAGCCAUGCAGACAGAGUGAGAAGAAAAGAUUUUCUAGAUUACUCUAGGAUUCAGAAACUCAUUUGCAACGGAGACGACCUCUUUGAUAUGUUGCCAGAGGAGUAUUCAUUUCAGGAAUUGAUUAAGAAGAUGGGUCCAAUCCCUCGCUCAGCUUCUGCAGUGCAUCUUCCUGCUUAUUUGAUAGAAAAUGCAGAUAAUUUUAGAUUUCUUCUUCCUGGGGGCUGUUUAAGAUCGCCAAAAUGAAGAUUUUUGGCAAGUCCCAACUAAUGAGGCAUAAAACAUUUAGAUAUCAGCGCAGUACUUGCUUUUCUUUUUCUGUCAAGUUUAGGCCUUGGGUACAUGCACAGGAGAUUCAAAUUCAAGUUCUUAUCACCAGCAACAUUGUGUAGCAGUUUAGCUCAGAACAAGCAAAGGCGCAAGUCUUAAUAUGUAAUUCUUGUGAUGGGUUGUUUUAGAAAGACACAAUUCAAAAUCAAUCAUUGCAUAUUGAAGAAAUGGGUAGAUUCUCAUUCUUGGCCUUGAUGGAAAAUCAAAAGGCCUUUAUGUUA